AAAAAACUUCACAUGAUCUACGAAGAGAUACUCAGCUGACACGACUAGACUAUAAGCUUGUUUCGCGAUUCUUCCUGAAGGGAUUGCGAUCGAACCGAACUGACUGGCUCCGCCAAAGACACUUGGCUGGCAGCGCGCCAAAGACACCUCACGCGACGCGGCUCUGAACAGCCCCACCCGCGCGCGCGCGCGCUGUUCACGGAUGUGGCAGGUGAUGUUGCAGGCACCUUUUGCCGCGCAGACCAUGCAUCAUUUACAUGCGAUCCCCGGUGGUGAUACUCUCUUCCUGGGCAUGAAAGAGCUGCAGCUUGAGUUGAGUUUCAUGGGUGGGUGGAGACUCCUGGAGAUAGCGGAUGCUGUGCUGGAGGAACGCAGGUAUCACUCGAUGGAUGAAGACUUGAGAGAGCUUUGUGAUCGCCUAUGGUUUGUGUCAGGAGUUGGAGAUGAUCUUCAGCAAGGGGAAGGCCAGAUGUCCCUGCUCCCGCUGGUCUAUGAUCACCCCUUCCGCGGCGACAAGACCAUGUGCUUUCACCUGGGUCAGACCUACUGUUUGGGCUUCAUCGAAGAGGUGCCAUUGGAUGUGGUGAUGGAGAUGUUUGCCAACGUGAUGACACGUGGGGAUGGCCUCUUGAAAGGGGCCCGAGCGCAGCUCCAAAGGAUCUUGGCGGGGCCUGAGAACAACUGUCCCUCCCAGUGCCUGGGCGAAGAACAAGGAGUGAAGCCAGGGAGGUUCCGCUUUCUGCCGGCGCUGCCGGUGCAGGAAUCCCUGCAGAAGGCCAUUGAUGGGAUGGACCCCACAUUGCGCGCGCAGGCCAUCACAAAGGUUGAAUGGGAGCGAGGGGACUUGGCCUUGAUCGACAACAUGGCACUUGCUCAUUUGCCUGCGCCGGGGACGCAGACUCUACCCUUAGUAAGUGGCUUGCGAGUCUUCCACCGCACCACCAUGACCAACCCAUCUGCGGUGCCGCGGAAUCUGCGCGGUGCCAGCGCGGUACUGCUGGCGGGACCACGAAAGGAUGGGCCAACUUCAGAUGAGGCGGUGCAGGAGCGGGAUCCAGAUGCCAUGCGGGACAUCCUCCGCGCAGUGAUGGCGGCCACGCCCAUCAACGUUGACGAGCUGGGAGGCGACCAGCGUGGGGGGGACCUGCAGAUGCCCAAGAACAUCCCCGCGCGCGACGAAGCCUUGAGGGCCUUGGAGGAAACUCAGCAGCCGUUGGAUUUGCUGAAGGUCGUGGAUGCUGAACUGGAGGCCUUUUGCCGGCCGCAGUAUGGCUUUAGGGCCCAAGAUGCCCUUUUGCGGGUGGCUUCAAUUCCAGAUGAACUCCAAGCUGCUGCAAUCUCCCGGGACUUCGGUGGGCUUCUGAGUUUAGCGGCGGCCGAUGGGCAGAGCCGUGAGAUUUUUGGAAAGACCUUGAAGAAGUUGCUGCGAGAGUACCACCCAGAUCGAUGCCUGGAAGAUGAGAACUACAACGAGCAAGGAAGAGCUGCGAGUGCCAUGGCGCCCACCAAGGGCCGCGUGGUGGAUCGCUUGCGCCAGAAGGCUUCGAAGAUCACCGUGGGCGACGUCGUGGGCUGA